AUGGUGGUAGUUAUUUUUAGUUUAGAUUUCUUUUUCUUUUCUGAAACAGGGUCUUACAAUGUAGCCCAGGCUGGCCCUGAACUCACCAUGUAGCCCAGGUGGAUCUUGAACUCUGUUUGUCCCGCCUCAGCCUCCAGAGGGCUGACAUUGUGGUGUGCAUUGCCAUGCCUGGCUUUGGCCUCCUGAUGGCGCAGGCAAAUCUGAAGAAGGGUCGGUCCAUCCUCUUCCCCGCUCUGGGCCAGGAACAGAAACCCACUGACUUCCAUGCACGGAACAGCAGCCAAGCUGAGCCCCUGCCUUUUCUUCUCCCAUUCCAGAGGCUUCCCGUUCCUGAAGUCUGUGUCAGGAAGGCUCUCAGCACACACGGUGGCUCACAGCUGCCUGUAACUCCAGUUCCAGGAGUUCUGACGCCCUCUUCUGACCCCUGUGGGCAUUGCAUGCACACGGUGCACGACAUGUAUGUAGGCAAAAUGUUCACACACAAAAUAUAAAUAAUUUUUUUUAGAAAGGCUAGAUUAGACUAGGGUGUGUUCGGAUUGGUACCAGAGCAUUUGCAGAGCACACACAAGGCCACCAUGUCCAUCCCCAGCACCACAAAAAAUAAAUGAAAUAGACAAAGCAUGAACCAAUCACAUAUGGUAAAUAAGAACUAAACCCAUUUACCGUCUAACAAAUCUUUGAGGUCUGUUUCCUCAAAGUCAAGGUAGAAUUGCUGGAUGGUGACUUGCUUGCAAGUCUGCUCUGUUUUUUCUGAAGCCACAGUUCAGUUUGUAUACAUCCCUCUUACCUUAAUCUGCAUGGUACUUAUGCAAGAAAUUGAGAAGACAAAAAACAAAAAUUUAAUGUUCUUUACAUUUCAAAAUGAACGCCAAGCAUGGUAACACACAUCUUUAAUCCCAGUACUCAAAAGGCAGAGGCAGGAGGAUCCCUGUGAGUUCAAGGCCAACCUGGUCUAUACAGUGAGCUCCAGAACAAAGAGAAAACCUGUCUCAAAAAACAAAAACAAAAACAAAAACAAAAACAAUUGUUUUUAAAGAACCCAUAGCCAGGUACAGCGGCAUAGGCGUAUAAUCUCAGCACCUGUGAAGUAGAGGCAGAGAAUUAGAAGUCCAAGGCCAACCUCGGCUACAUAAAGAGUUCGAGACCAGCCUGAGCUAUGUGGGGUCCAGUCUUCAAACAACAUGAAUACCGUUCAUCUCAACUUUGUAUUGCUUUGAGGGACGUUUCGUCUCCGAGCCCCUCUGUUGUAAGAGAAUGAACAGUACCUUUGCUUGCAGCCCCUCUGCCCAGUGUCGUCUCCGAGGAGGGAACCUGUCAUUCCAAGGGGACUUUUGGAAGUGUUUAAGCCUAUUGCCUUCUCUCCACUUUUUCAGCUGUAUCUUCCCACGGCCCGUUAUCAACUUGCUGUUCGUGGGUCCCAGUCCUCAUUACACAUCAUUCAUACCUUAAGAAAAAUAAGGGGUCAUCCACAUCAUCCUCUCCUUCUGAAUUUUCAAAUGGUAUUUUUUUUCCCCUAACGUUUCACUGCAUCAAAUAUCAAACAUCUUUAAUAGCAAACCAGCCACAGCCCGCCAUUGCAAUACUGAAAUGCAAGCUCCUGACCCCUAAUCCUUGUCUGUUUUGAUCUUUCAGGGUCUUCUUUUUACUGUACAGUGUUAUUUCUUAAAUAACACCUUUUCUAUAGCCUGUACCCUCCCAUGCCUUAGAGGGGCAGUUACGGUUAAAGGCAGAGAGAAAGGGUCACGGGCAAGACAGAACAGGUAUGUGUCCAGCUGAGGAGCCCCGGCCAGGGCGGCCACGCAGGCACGUCCGUCAGACAGCUUUGGAAGGGGGAAAGCAGCAGGCAGUUCCGAAUGACGCCAACUUUCCCCCGCACGCACGAGGAAUGUUGGCGGUGGGGGGAUAGAACAUUGAAGAACACGCUUUGUAAGGGUCGCCAACUCGGAGCUCUCCUUGACUGGCAUGGCUACCUCUUUCCCUUGCUCCACCCCUCCCUCUGAAGACAGCUCCUCCUGGAAGUCCUUCCAGUGACCGCCCAGGAAUGCGGGCUCCCUUACAACACGCAGUGACAGUGACCGCUGAGAAAAGGACAUUAAAGCUGGAAAUAUCCUCCUCACAGAACCCGGGCAGGUGAAGCUGGCUGACUUUGGAUCCGCCUCCAUGGCUUCUCCUGCCAACUCCUUCGUGGGGACGCCUUACUGGAUGGCCCCAGAGGUGAUCUUAGCCAUGGACGAAGGACAGUACGAUGGGAAAGUUGACAUCUGGUCGCUCGGCAUCACCUGUAUAGAACUGGCGGAGCGGAAACCCCCGCUCUUCAACAUGAACGCCAUGAGCGCCCUCUACCACAUCGCCCAGAAUGACUCCCCCACGCUACAGUCCAGGGAAUGGACCGACUCCUUCAGGAGAUUCGUUGAUUACUGCUUACACAAGAUACCUCAGGAAAGACCAGCCGCGGUGGAACUGUUACGGCACGACUUCAUUCGGAGGGAGCGGCCACCACGGGUCCUCAUUGACCUCAUACAGAGGACAAAAGAUGCUGUCCGAGAGUUGGACAACCUGCAAUACAGAAAAAUGAAGAAGAUCCUCUUCCAGGAGACUCGGAACGGACCCUUGAAUGAGUCCCAGGAAGAAGAAGAAGACAGUGAACAUGGAAGCAACCUGAGCAGGGAGGUGGACAGCCUGGGCAGCAUCCACUCCAUCCCCAGCGUGUCCGUGAGCACAGGCAGCCGGAGCAGCAGUGUGAACAGCAUGCAGGAGGUCAUGGAUGAGAGCAGCCCCGAGCUCAUCAUGAUGCAGGAGGAUGAAGGCACUGUCAGCUCCGGCUCCUCCAUGGUUCACAAGAAGGAUCAUGUAUUCGUAAGGGAUGAGGCGGGCCACGGCGAUCCCAGGCCUGAGCCGCGGCCUACCCAGUCAGUUCAGAGCCAGGCCCUCCACUAUCGGAACCGAGAGCGCUUUGCCACGAUCAAAUCCGCGUCUUUGGUUACACGGCAGAUCCAUGAGCAUGAGCAGGAGAACGAGUUGCGGGAACAGAUGUCAGGUUAUAAGCGGAUGCGGCGCCAGCACCAGAAGCAGCUGAUCGCCCUGGAGAACAAGCUGAAGGCUGAGAUGGACGAGCACCGCCUCAAACUCCAGAAGGAGGUGGAGACGCAUGCCAACAACUCGUCCAUCGAGCUGGAGAAGCUGGCCAAGAAGCAGGUGGCUACCAUAGAAAAGGAGGCAAAGGUAGCCGCAGCAGAUGAGAAGAAGUUCCAGCAGCAGAUUCUGGCCCAGCAGAAGAAGGACUUGACAACUUUCUUAGAAAGUCAGAAGAAGCAGUACAAGAUUUGUAAGGAAAAAAUAAAAGAGGAAAUGAACGAGGACCAUAGCACACCCAAGAAGGAGAAGCAGGAGCGGAUAUCGAAGCAUAAAGAGAACCUGCAGCACACGCAGGCUGAGGAGGAAGCCCACCUGCUCACUCAACAGAGACUGUACUAUGACAGAAACUGUCGCUUCUUCAAGCGGAAAAUAAUGAUCAAGCGCCAUGAGGUGGAACAGCAGAACAUUCGGGAGGAACUAAAUAAAAAGAGGACCCAGAAGGAGAUGGAGCACGCCAUGCUGAUCCGUCACGACGAGUCCACCCGAGAGUUAGAGUACAGGCAGCUGCACACCCUGCAGAAGCUCCGCAUGGACCUGAUCCGGUUACAGCACCAGACGGAGCUGGAGAACCAGCUGGAGUACAAUAAGAGGCGGGAGCGGGAGCUGCACCGGAAGCACGUCAUGGAGCUUCGGCAACAGCCGAAAAACUUAAAGGCCAUGGAAAUGCAAAUUAAAAAACAGUUUCAGGACACUUGCAAAGUACAGACCAAACAGUACAAAGCACUCAAAAAUCACCAGUUGGAAGUCACUCCAAAGAAUGAGCACAAAACAAUCUUAAAGACACUGAAAGACGAGCAGACGAGAAAACUGGCCAUUUUGGCAGAACAGUAUGAACAGAGCAUAAAUGAGAUGAUGGCCUCUCAGGCGUUACGGCUAGACGAGGCGCAAGAGGCGGAGUGCCAGGCCUUGAGACUACAACUCCAGCAGGAGAUGGAGCUGCUCAACGCCUACCAGAGCAAAAUCAAGAUGCAGACGGAGGCCCAGCACGAGCGCGAGCUGCAGAAGCUAGAGCAGAGGGUGUCUCUGCGCAGAGCGCAUCUUGAGCAGAAGAUUGAAGAGGAGUUGGCCGCCCUGCAGAAGGAACGUAGCGAGAGGAUCAAGAUUCUCCUGGAAAGACAAGAGCGAGAGACGGAGACUUUUGACAUGGAGAGCCUCAGAAUGGGAUUUGGGAAUUUGGUGACAUUAGAUUUUCCUAAGGAGGACUAUAGAUGAGAUUAAAUUUUUUUUGCCAUUUACAAAAAAAAAAAAAAAAUGAAAAAAAGAAAACAAAAAAAUUCAGACCCUGCAAAACUACAUUCCCCAUUUUAACGGGCGUCGCUCUCACUUCACACUCUCUCUCUUUCUCUCCCCCUCUCUCUCUCUUUCUCUCUCUCUCUCUCUUCCUGACAUCGUGUCGGACUAGUGCCUGUUUACUCUUACUCCAUCAGGGGCCCUUUCCUCCCCCAUGUCAACUUUCAGCGCCGGCCGGCCCACCCGGCCGGCCCUACCGUCCACCACCCACACCGAAGUACCAGUGUGGCUCACAGAUGCUCUGGCGAAAACCUUGGAGGUGGUUCUGGGGUCAGUCAACCAACAAACAGCGAUGGAACACAGAUGGAUAUUGCUUUAAGCAAUCCCUCAUUGUCACCAACUAGUGAAAAUAAAGCAAAAAAAAAAAUAAAUAAAUAAACUAAAGAAAGAAAACUAAAUAAAUAAUACAUGCCAAGGGGGAGAGAGACACAAAAUCCGCAGCCUUACACCUUAACCAGCUGCUGCAUAAUUUUAUUUUAUUUUAUUUUUUUGGUAUUUAUUCAUCAGGAAUUAAAAAAAAAACAAAGUUUUAUUAAAGAUUGAAAAUUUGAUACAUUUUACAGGAACUAAUUGUGAUGUACAUAUGAAGUGGUAACAUAUUAUUACUAUUUUGGGGCCGGGGUGGGGGGGUGGGGUGCAGAGAGCUUGUGAUUUUUAAGAACCUGCCGGCAAGAGUUUGCCUUGCCGUCAGCCUGGUCUACUGUAUCCCGGCAUCCUCUGCUGUUGCAGACGGUGCGAAUACGCGUACGUACGGAACUCACAGAAUCCCAGUAGCACAAAAUUGGGCUUUGGCAAAUCAUGUAUUUUGUGUAUAGAGGGAAUCUAAGGAGAGGAAUUGCUUAUUUUCAUAUUGUAUUUUAACUGUUUCUCUGAUCAAAAUUUUUUUACUUCCUCCUCCUGUUCCUCCCUACCCACCCACGCCCACCUCCCGGCGGUUUCCAGUUCAGUCUCGAGUUCAAUGUCUUUUUCAGUCCGAUCAUCUCCGUUUAUUUCUCCUUCCCUCCCCGCGCCCCCUAUCUUUGGUCAUAAAUAUUGCAUUAUUCAUCCUUUCAAACUGUGUAUUUUCUUACAAUAAAAAAUGAUGAAGAAAAAAAGGCUUUACUCCUUUGGCAUGCACCUUAAAAAAAAAAAAACACUUUAAAAAAAAAACCUUUUUCAGGUUCCGAGGAAGAGCAUGAUUAACUGUCAGGGCUUUUAAUUAUAUUUGUAAAUAAAAGUGUUCGUCACA